UUACAUCACAAGCGAAAGCGCAUUUGACUACCAACGCUAAACAGGACGAUACAAGCCAAACAGGCGGUUCUUUUGUUGUCAAAACAUGUCUGGAAGAGGUAAAACCGGUGGGAAGGCCCGCGCAAAGGCCAAGUCUCGUUCAUCCAGAGCUGGACUUCAGUUUCCAGUCGGACGUGUACACAGAUUAUUACGCAAGGGAAAUUACGCUGAGCGCGUAGGCGCAGGAGCCCCCGUGUAUUUGGCCGCUGUCCUGGAAUACCUAACGGCUGAGAUCCUCGAGCUGGCCGGAAACGCAGCCCGAGACAACAAGAAAACGAGAAUCAUCCCCCGUCACCUGCAACUGGCUGUCCGCAACGACGAAGAGCUCAACAAGCUUUUAGGCGGCGUUACCAUCGCGCAGGGCGGAGUGCUUCCAAACAUCCAGGCAGUGCUGCUGCCCAAGAAAACCGAGAAGCCUGCCAAGAGCAAGUAACAGGCCUUUUACGAUCACGGACAAUGACACAAACGCAGCUCCGCUAGUUUCAGUUCAAGCUAUGUUAUGUUCCCUUCUUCGCGUUAUAUUGUGUUUUGUUUUAAUGAAGACGACAGCAGCAUCUUGUAAACUUUGAUUUAUUAUUAUUUUUUUCUAAUGUUGAUUGCUCUUUUGGACAGACGCACUCCCUCACACAAGAAGAGAUCUGCACCACCACUGGCUAUUAAUGGCCAUGGGACAUUUAACCUGCCAUCACGGUGGACUAAAGAACCUCCAUUUACGGGGUGAACAAACAUCAGUAGUUUAUUGUAUACGGACCAAUGUUGGUUACAUUUUAUUUGUCACCGCUUUAAAUUACAUGCAAGUCAUGUUCUUUAUCUGCUGUUCAGUGGUUAUGCUGUUUCAAUAAAUGUAAAGUGCCAAUGGAAGGCACAAAGAAGC